AUGGACAAGUCUUGGUUGAAGGCUGAUAGAAGAACAAAGGAAUUUCAAAGAGGAGUAGAUGAACUAUUGUUGUUUGCAUUUGAGAACGGAUUUGAUGAAAACAAAAUCAGCUGCCCGUGUUUAAAAUGCGCACAUAGUAAAUCUUGGAAAGCUAAAACAGUGAAGUGCCAUCUUUUUGAAAAUGGAAUUGAUCAGACCUACACUCGUUGGAUUUGGCAUGGUGAAUUAAAUACGGAAAGUGUAUCUCCCGCUGAAGAGACGGCCAGUUCUGAUUCUGUGGACCAAAUCCCUAUCAAUGCAGAGAAUAAUGAUAGUGAUGAUGAUGUUUCUCUUGAUUCCUCAGAUUUCUUUAACCAUGUUAAAUCUGAACAUGAACCACUUUAUCCGGGAUGUGAAGGAUUUACAAAGAUGAAGGCUUUAGUGAAGUUGUAUAACUUGAAAGCAAAAUACCAAGUAUCGGAUGCUUGCUUCUCUGAACUUCUUCUACUGGUUGGAUCUAUGCUUCCGAAAGGCAACCAUUUUCCUUCUUCAUUCAGCGAGGCUAAGAAAAGCUUGUGUGCUCUUGGAAUGGAGUAUGAAAAAAUUCACGUGUGUCCAAAUGAUUGUUUAUUAUACCGAGGAGAAAGAGAUGAAGAUGAGACAAGUUGUCGUAUCUGUCAAGCAUCUAGAUGGAAGUUGAACAAAAAAGGAGAAGAAUUGGAAGGGGUUCCGGCAAAGGUUCUAUGGUAUUUUCCGUUAAUACCACGUUUGAGGACUUUAUUCAAUUCUCCUCAAAUAGCUAAAAAUAUGAUUUGGCAUGACACGGGGAGAAUAAAAGAUGGUAAAUUAAGACAUCCGGCAGAUUCAAAAACAUGGAAGGAUGUCGAUGAAAAGUGGCCCGAGUUUUCUUCAGAUUCUAGAAAUGUCCGGUUAGCUUUAUCCUCGGAUGGAUUCAAUCCUUUUUAUAGCACAAAUGUUGAUUACUCUUGUUGGCCAGUUUUGAUGUCAAUAUAUAAUCUCCCACCAUGGCUUUGUAUGAAAAGGAGGUACAUCAUGCUAUGUUUAUUGAUAUCCGGACCAAAAGAACCCGGCAAUGAUAUCGAUGUGUUCCUUCAACCACUUAUUGAAGAUUUACAAAAGUUAUGGACCGGAAAACAAGUUUAUGACGCAUACAAGAAGGAGUACUUUUUGCUGCGAGGCAUUUUAUUAUGGACAAUUAGUGACAAUCCAGCCUAUGGUAACCUUUCAGGGAACAUUGUAAAAGGGUAUAAUGCGUGUCCUGUUUGCGUUGAUGGAACAAAAGCAACAAGGCUGGCUAAUUACCGUAAGUGCGUGGUCAUGAGGCAUCGGAGGUGGUUGCCCCGUGCACAUCCAUAUCGCAGGAAGAAAGAAGAUUUUGAUAACAUUGUGGAAAAGGGAACUGCCCCUAUUCCAUUAACCGGGGAGGAGGUGCUUCAGAGAACAAAACACUUAAAGGGUCAUGUCUUUGGUAAGACACAACGCCAACCUCGAUUCAAGAAAGGUGAUGUUCGACCUAUUUUUAAGAAGGUUUCUAUAUUUUUUGAACUUGAGUAUUGGAAGUUUCUGCCGGUUAGACACGUUCUCGAUGUGAUGCACAUCGAGAAAAACAUUUGCGAAGCUUUACUUGGUACUAUGCUUAAUAUACCCAAGAAGACAAAAGAUAAGGAAUCUGUCCGGCUAGACAUGGCUGAAAUGGGAAUAAGAACGGAGCUAAGGCCAAAAAAUCCCGGGAGAAAGGAGAAGUUACCAUUGGCAUCUUGGAAUUUAACUCAUUCGGAAAAAAAAGUAGUUUGCUCAUCAUUUCUUGGCAUGAAGUUGCCUGAUGGCUUUUGUUCAAAUAUUAGAAGUUUAGUUUCAAUGGAAACUCUUCGACUUACUGGAAUGAAAUCUCACGACUGCCAUAUGAUCUUGCAUCACUUGCUCCCAAUUGCGAUACGAUCGUCACUGCAAAAACAGGUCAGAAACACUGUCAUCAGGUUUUGUCUCUUUUUUAAGGCAAUUUGCAGUAAAGUUAUUGAGGUUGAUAAGUUGGAGAAAAUGCAAUCCCAGCUGGUGGAAACUUUGUGCCACCUUGAAAAGUACUUCCCCCCUUCCUUGUUUGAUGUGAUGUUUCAUCUCUCGGUCCAUCUUGUACGAGAAGUAGAGCUUUGUGGACCAAUUUUUUUGAGGUGGAUGUAUCCAUUUGAGAGAUAUAUGAAGACAUUUAAAGGGUAUAUAAGAAAUCGGGCUCGCGCAGAAGGUUGCAUAGCUGAGGCCUAUAUUGCAGAAGAAGCUGUUGAGUGUUUGGUGAACCAUGAGGAGGCUACUGUUGGGAUACCAAAAAAUAGGAAUGAUGCUGUUUGUAGGCCAUUAUCUGGUGCAUCAGUUAUAACUCCGAGCGACAAUGAUUUGCAUUUAGCCCAUUUAUGUGUUUUACAAAAUACGGCUUCGGUUAGGCCAUAUUUUAAUGAACACAUGUGUUUUUUGAUGACCAAAUAUCCGGAAAAUGAAAAUAAUGAAAUGUGGCUAAAGAAUAAGCAAAAUGAGACAUUCCCAGAAUGGUUCAAAGAAAAGAUUGCUUCAAAUUUUCUCGACGAAAUGGAGAUAUCACAAGAAAUCAGAUGGAUCGCAGAUGGGCCCAAUAAGGAUGUCCCUACAUUCAAUGGUUACAAAAUGGAUGGGAUUACCUUUAGCACCAAAGAUCGUGAUGAUACACGUAAUGUUCAGUGCAGUGGCGUGUGUGUUCAAGCCGAUACCAUGGUUGUGCAGGGGAAGGAUCAAAUUGUUGAGCAUGCCUCGCCUACAUUUUAUGGAGUGAUAAUAGGUAUAUGGGAGUUAGACUAUAACAACUUUAGGAUCCCUAUUUUUCGUUGUAAUUGGAUUGAUAUGAAUAGAGGGACUAAGGUAGAUGACUUGGGUUAUACUUUGGUUAAUUUGAAUAGGUUGGGGUUUUUUAAUGAUCCAUUUGUGUUAGCAAAACACGUUAAACAAGUAUGUUACAUAGAUGAUCCUCUUGAUAAAUUAUGGUCCGUGGUGUUGAAAUUACCCGAGAAAAACUAUCAUGAGGACAAUGAUGAAGAAAAUGAGGGAUCCGUGGAAGUAGAACUUGAGAAUGAGUUCUUUAUACCAAAUUUGCCGGAUGUUGAUUUAGACGAGGCAACAACUAGUUAUAUGCGAGACGUAGAUGAACUAAUUCAACUUUUAUGAUGUAAUUUUAUUUGAUUCUUAGUUUGGUGAUGAACUAAACUAA